AUUAUUUAACUUUUCAAUCAAAACAACACACAAAAAUAAAGUAAACAUUUAACAAAAAAACAUAUUUGAAAUGGAUCCAAGGGAGAAUUUGGCAUGGAAAGAAUCAUUUUUCAAAGAUAAUUUCAGUGUUGAUCAAUGUUUGUCAAAAUAUACCCAAAAAUCAGAUUUGGAGACCCUGAGAAGGGACCUGAAGACAUAUGGAGCUGAUUUACAUCAGCAGAUGUCUGAAAUCCUGAAAACUGAAACAGAAGCUAUAGUAAAUUUAGCUGAAUAUUUGACUAAUCUCAACUCAAAGAUAGAAAACCUCUCCCUUCCUGUGAAUCAAUUGCAAGAAGAAGUUAGGACCUUGUUCAAAGUCAUUGAUUCCAUUGAAAAUGAAUUCAAGACAAUGGUGAAUGAAAUGAAGAAUAAUAACCUGAAGAAAAACCAUUUUCAUCUAAAACUUGGAAUUAUUUCAUCUUUAGUAUAUAUAGAAAAAAUGCUGUGUGCUUCUGUGGAUUCUUUUGAAGACCUAUUUGUGUUGGAAAGAAUUGUUUGUAAAUAUUCUUUCCAAUGUAACCACAUAUUUCAAUUAGGCCUGAUGUCAGAAGAUAUAAAGGAUCUGACUAGAAACAUAGAGAACAGUCUGCUGCAUAUGGUGAAUGUUAAUUUCCUGGAGGCUGUGAAAAAUGAUGAUUCUGAAAUUCUGACAAGAUGUCUGAGAAUGUAUGAUAAUUUACACAAACAGGAAGAAGCUGAAGAAAUAUUGAAGGUUAAAGUAAUUCGCCCAUUUAUGAAAAACAUUAUCACAGAAACCAAUUUGGAAAAAUUGAAUCAAGACCUCUGCCAAAUUUACCAGCAGGUAUUAAAUUUCUUGGAUAGCAAAAUGUCACUUCUCUUGAAAAUCAUAGUAACCAAUCCAGACCUCAGGUCCUACAAAUUUGCACUAAACAGUUUUUGGAAAGAAUUUGAUAGGCAAUCAAGAGAAGGUUUACCCAACAUCACAGCUCCUGGUAAUCCAGAACUUUUUCAAAAACGUUUCAAAAGUACCUGGGCUGUCCUUCUCAGAAUUGCUGAAAAAUGUGAAGACAAAAAUCUCAUUUACCAAGAUACAACUUUCCAAGAGCAUCUAAAAAGGUUCAAUCUACCUGUUUACUUUGAAAUUCGCUAUCAACAGAUUGCUGGAACAUUUGAGAAUAAUAUACAGGUAGACCAUAGUGAAAUGUACUGCUCACCCAAUGAGCUGACUUGCAAACUAGGGCCUACUUUGGGGUUAUGGACUGCUGUCUCUCAAUGCUUUCAUGAACAUAUUUAUUUAGACCAAUUAGCUGAUCAGUUUUUGAAACUCUCAAUGAUGUUACUGUCAAGAUACCUUAUUUGGUUUGAAACAGUCAUAAAAGCUGGUUUCCAAGAUCAGCAAGCUGAAGAGAAGUUCAUAAUGGAUUCUCUUGCAGACUUCAGAGUAGUAGAAAAAUUCUUAGCAGCUGAUAUAAUCAAAUUUUCUGAUAUUGAAAACACUGUUUUCAAAAUAGUACACCAUAGCAUGAGCCAAGUGAUUCUGAGAGUAUUGAAGUCAAAUAAAGGGAGCAUUGAGAAAGUGCAAAGUCAUCUGACUAAUCACUUAGUUAACAUCAAAUUUGGCAAUAUUUCUUCACAGCUACAAAAUGUUGCUUCUAUUCCAAGACUUUAUAGAAGAACAAACAGGAGCACCCCAAAAGAGCCUAGCACUUACAUGAUAGAAGCACUCAAACCAAUUAUAGUCUUCCAAGAAACAUUCCAAGACUGUAUGAGGACUAAAACACAGGACAUUGUGAACAAAGUGAUCCUGCAAGUGAGUCAACAGUAUUUUAGUCUUGUUCAAGGGGUUCUACAAUCCGUUUGUAAAACUGAAGAGUCAUUGAGAAGAUUGAAAAAUAGGACUUCAAAUGCUGGUGAUGAAUCUACCCCACAGACUGACUCUGAUGAAAUGAAAAUCAGGGAACAAAUCAAAUUAGAUGUGGCCUAUUUUCUUGAUAAGUUAUGUCCAUUGGGUUCAAAGGAUUCAAAGGAAAUUAUGGAUAAGUUGAAGAAGGAAAUAUGUUGAUUUGUUUGAAAAUCCCUUGGUUAGUUUUUUUUCUUUUAAUUUAUCACAACUUUUAUGUAAAACUGUUUUUUUACAAAUUGAAGAGUUUAUAUAACAAUGUUAAAACAAAAUUGAGUUACAAUGAAUAAAAUUGUGUAGCUGUUGAUGAUUGCAACUCAAUUUGUCCCAUUUUGAACUGUAGCCUCUGCAACCAUUUCAGUAGCAUGGGGUUGUGAUGAUUGGCGAUUUUCAAUUUUUCCGGAUUAGCCUCUUGGAAAAUGGUAGGCGGAAAAUUCCGGCAAUUCUGAAGUCGCACCUGCAGAUGUCCUGGCAACUUCAUGACAAAAAUGUAUAUUAUUUUAGUUGCAUGCCUCUUAUUAUAACUAUGCUAACAUUUCACUCCAAAUUUCAGUAGGUAUUCUUGAUGCCAUCUUAACUUGCAUGAGAUUGUUUCUAACAUAGAUUAUAAAGAGGUGUUCAGAG